UUGGCUGGCGACCGGUUCAGGGUGUCCCCCGCCUACUGCCCAAAGACAACUGGAAAAGCUCUCACGCACGCCCCGCCACCCUUUAACGUGAACGAUAACUUUGUUACAAGUCCGCCGUUUCGACCGCUUCCAUCUGUCCGUCACCGCUCGUGCUUUUCUAAUGCCCCGCUGCGGCUUGUUUGCUUGAUCCCGCAGGUAACCGAUACGAUGGCGGCUCGGGAAGCGACUGGGCACAGCUUCCUGGCAACGUGCUGGCAGCCCAUUCUGAUCCUGAUGCUGGGCGUGGUGCUGUCCGUCUCCACCACCGGCUGCCCGUCCCGCUGCGAGUGCAACGUCGCAGAGCGCUCCGUGCUGUGCCACCGCAAGAAGCUCAUGACGGUUCCCGAGGGAAUCGCCGCGGAAACCCGGCUGCUGGACCUCAGCAAGAACCGCAUAAGAACCAUCAACCCCGACGAGUUUGCCAACUUUGCCAACCUGGAGCACCUGGAGCUGAGCGAGAACACAAUCUCCACCAUUGAACCCGGCGCGUUCAACAACCUUUUCGGCUUGCGGACACUCGGGCUCCGUAGCAACAAGCUAAAGCUGAUCCAGCUCGGGGUCUUCACGGGCCUGAGCAACCUCACUCAGCUGGACAUCAGCGAGAACAAGAUCGUCAUCCUGCUGGACUAUAUGUUCCAGGAUUUGUACAACCUGCGCUCUUUGGAGGUGGGCGACAACGACCUGGUCUUCAUCUCCCACCGGGCUUUUCACGGACUGAGUAGCCUGGAGCACUUGAGUCUGGAGAAGUGCAACCUGUCCUCUGUGCCAACAGAGGCCUUCACCCACCUGCACAGUCUGAUCACGCUCAGGCUGCGGCACCUCAACAUCAACGUGGUACGGGAUUAUUCCUUUAAACGCCUCUUUCGGCUCAAAGUGCUGGAGAUCGCCAAUUGGCCGUAUUUGGAUACAAUGACCCCGAAUUGCUUGUAUGGAUUAAACCUGACCUCUCUGACCGUCGCGAACGCCAACCUGACCGCCAUUCCUUACGUCGCCCUCCGCCACUUGGUCUACCUGCGCUUUCUCAAUCUUUCCUACAACCCGAUCCACACCAUCGACGGGAAUAAGCUCCACGAUCUGCUGCGCCUUCAGGAGUUUCACCUCGUCGGGGGGCGACUCGCCGUGAUUGAGCCCUACUCUUUCCGCGGUCUCAACUACCUGAAGAUUCUCAACGUUUCGGGGAACUCCCUGACCACUUUGGAGGAGUCCGCGUUCCAUUCGGUGGGCAACUUGGAGACCCUGGCCUUGUACGACAACCCCCUGGCCUGCGACUGUCGCAUGUUGUGGGUUUUCCGACGGCGCUGGCGACUCAACUUCAACCGGCAGCAGCCCACCUGCGCCUCCCCUGAAUUUGUCCAAGGCAAAGAGUUCAAGGACUUCCCGGACGUCCUGCAGCCCAACUACUUCACCUGCCGCAAGUCCAGGAUCAGGGACCGCAAGGCGCAGCAACAGUUUGUCGACGAGGGCGCGAUCGUUCACUUCGCUUGCGAGGCGGACGGCGACCCGGCCCCGGCGAUCAUGUGGCUGUCCCCGCAGAAGAAGUUCAUCACCGCCAAAACGAUCGGAAGGAUCUCCGUGUUGCCGGACGGUACGCUCGAGGUGCGCUACGCUCAGAUUCAGGACAACGGAACGUACGUCUGCAUCGCUAGCAACGCGGGCGGCAACGACACGUCUCUGGCUCACCUGCACAUUCACAGCUAUUCGCCCGAUUGGCCCUUCCAGCCCAACAAGACUUUUGCGUUCAUCUCCAACCAGCCCGCAGAAACGGGCGCCAACGACACGCGAGCCAACGUCCCUUUCCCGUUCGACAUAAAGACCUUGAUCAUCGCGACCACCAUGGGCUUCAUUUCCUUUCUGGGAGUGGUCUUGUUCUGCCUGGUGCUGCUCUUCCUCUGGAGCAGAGGCAAAGGCAACACAAAGCACAACAUCGAGAUCGAGUACGUGCCGCGCACGUCGGACGCUGGCAUGAGCAGCAGCGCGGCGGACGCCCCUCGCAAGUUUAAUAUGAAAAUGAUUUAAUUAAAGGAGCGGCCGCGCAAAGGAAUUAAGAGAAAGAAAAGGGGGGGAAAGGAGAGAAUUUGUCUGUACUCAGCACUGGAUUCCGAAGGACUUAAGAAGCCGAGCGGGCCGGUCGUUGACUUUUCAAUCGGGAGGACAGGAAAGCACGGCCACCGCAACGAGGCAUUAGUGGAGGUCCGCACGGCUCGUGGUCUGAUUUUAUUGAAAGUCAUGUUAGUCAUAAACAGUCCAUGUUCCUUUGGAUCGAUGCUCGGGAACAAUAUAACGGACAAGAGUUACACCCAUGCAAGCAGCCAGAACGCAAGAGGGAGACGGUUUGCCCAUUGCUGUUUUGCGUCUGCAUUUCUUUUCAUUUGCGCGCGCCCAUCUGGAGGCAACAUGUCAAGUUCUGAAUGAUCUCUGUCAGGGCUGAAGUUCAAAAUCAAUGCAUU